GCCCCUCCUUCCGAAGCCUCGAUAAACUUCCACCUUGCCCGAUUCGGACCCUCGCUGAUGGAUCCUCCCCCGCCGUCCAUUUCCGGCGGCCGUCGAGUAUCUCGGAGGGCGGUGAAACGCACCAACUACGACGAGUCCCUUCAGGAUUCCCUCCUCCACGACCACAUCGGCGGGCCCCGCCGUCGGAACCGGCGAAACCUGACCGCCGCUGAGCGCCAGAGCGAGACAGAGACAGAGGCCAUGAUCGCCGUCUCCUUGGGUUUCCCCAUCGAUUCCCUCCUGGACGCUGAGGUCUCCGCGGGGGUCGUCGACCUGACCGACGACGGUGCCGCUCAGAACGACUACAUCGUGGUCCGCAACCACAUCCUUGCCCAGUGGCGCUCCAACGUGCGCUCCUACCUCUCCAAACCUGAAAUUAGAGAGACAGUGAGCAGGCAGUACGACCACUUAAUCUCCAGCGCGUACGAUUUCCUUUUAGAGCACGGCUACAUCAAUUUUGGUGUAUCUCCCGCCAUCAGGGCCCAGCUUCCCGAUGAGCAGGACAAGGGAUCUGUUAUCAUAAUAGGCUCUGGACUCGCAGGCCUUGCGGCCGCGAGGCAGCUACUUAGUUUUGGCUUCAAAGUCCUAAUUUUGGAAGGUCGGGAUCGUCCCGGCGGUAGAGUAUUCACCACGAAGAUGGGUAAGAACCACAACUCCGCAUCUGUAGAUCUUGGAGGCAGCGUCAUCACUGGCAUUCACGCCAAUCCCCUUGGAGUCUUGUCCAGGCAGCUUGGCAUACCUCUCCACAAUAUCAGGGAUUCAUGCCCCCUUUUCUGGCCAGACGGCACAGCCGUGGAUCAGAGAAUGGACGCUGAGGUGGAUUUGGUAUUCAACAAGCUUCUUGAAAAUGCUGCUCGGUUGAGGGAGGUUUUAGGAGAGUCUGCCAAUGACAUUUCACUAGGUUCGGCAAUUGAGCGCCUGCAGAAGUUGUAUGGUGUUGCCAGGAAGAUCGAGCAACGAGAGCUUCUUGAUUGGCAUCUUGCAAAUUUAGAGUACGCCAAUGCUGGCAACCUCUCAGAUCUGUCUCUUGCCCACUGGGACCAGGAUGACCCCUAUGAGAUGGGUGGUGAUCAUUGCUUUCUUGCUGGAGGUAACUGGAGAUUGAUCCAUGCACUAUGUGAGGAUGUGCCGAUAUUGUACAAGAAGACAGUAACUCGGAUUGCUUAUGGAGAAGGAGGUGUGGAAGUUGUGGUUGUUGGUGGACAAAUUUUCCAGGCUGAUAUGGUUCUUUGCACUGUGCCUCUUGGGGUCUUGAAGAGCGGGACUAUAAAGUUUGAUCCUGAAUUGCCUCCUCAGAAGUUACAGGCAAUUGAUAGGCUGGGAUUCGGGUUGCUAAAUAAGGUUGCAAUGAUAUUUCCUUGCGUAUUUUGGGGGGAGGAGAUCGACACGUUUGGAUGUCUCAGCAAGGAACGAACUAAACGUGGUGAAUUCUUUCUUUUCUAUGGUUACCAUACUGUUUCUGGUGGUGCGGUGCUUAUUGCGUUGAUUGCAGGAGAAGCUUCCUUGAACUUUGAACAAAGCAAUCCUCUAACUUCACUUCACCAUGUUCUCAGCAUUCUUAGAGGUAUUUAUGGUCCAAGGGGGGUUUCCGUGCCUGAUCCAAUCCAAACUAUCUGUACAAGAUGGGGUGAUGACCCCCUUUCUCGUGGUUCUUAUUCUCAUGUCAAAGUUGGGUCAUCAGGUAAUGACUACAAUGUCCUUGCAGAAAACGUUAAGGGACGACUCUUUUUUGCUGGGGAAGCUACAAAUAGAGAAUAUCCUGCAACUAUGCAUGGCGCCUUCUUAAGUGGACUAAGGGAAGCUUCAUGCAUUCUUCAAACUUGGAGGGAACAGUUUGUGAACAAAUCUAUUUCCAAGAGGUUCUUGCAAAAGAACCUAAGAUUGUGCAGUGAUAUUCUUGUAGACUUAUUUAGGAGACCUGAUUUAGAGUUUGGAAUAUACUCAUUCGUUUUUGAUCCCUUUACCACGGACGAUCUGAAUGCGAUGGGUCUUAUGAGAAUCACAUUUGGAAAUUUUAAAUAUGAAGACUCGAGGAAACACAGUUUAAAUGAAAAACUGAAUGGACACUGUCAGUUGUCAGAACUUCAGGAUCAAGAAUUCCAUCUGUUUGCCUGUGUAUCUAGAGAGGGAGCACACCAAGUAAAAUUGGUGAGUGGUGAUGAUAAGGCUAGAUUACACUUCCUUAGCAAAAAGUUUGGCUUACAAUUAAUGGGGUUUAGUGAUACAUGUAAUCUCAGUCAUUCCUUGAUUGUUGAUAUUUCUUGUGCACGGAAAAACCAUUACAGAAAACUCCGGACCAUGCAUCACAAAGUUCACUUGUAGCAUUUACUGGCCAUGUAAAACGUCCAUUAGCUAACAUUGAUUCCUCAAGGACAUGUCUCCUCCAAUAGCAUCUUUAGUUGAAACUAGACAUAGGGCCCAUGUACUACCUCAUCAUUUUAGAAAUGUACACUAGCCUCAGAAUUCCAUUCUUUUGAAUAUAUGAAAAAGUAGCUAAUUUUUUUA